CCGGAGCCCCUUCUGGUCCCCUCACAUAUCGCACAGGAGUUCUAUGUCUUGAAGCUAGAUCUCAAACUUCAGCCACUUUUACCAGAGUAACUCGUUCACUUGCCUGGAAACUCACCCAUCGCUUCUUGGUUGGAUGGAAAGAUUUCCCAAUCUAUCAAACACCUUUCUGCGCUCAGGGAGAAAACUGAUGAUAGCACAUCGAAAGUACUUGUUACCCCUGAGCUGAAUGCUGGAAAAUCCAUAUUUUGUAACAGUGUGCGCAAGCGGCCAGUCCGUCCA